AUGGUAGAUACAAUUCAAACCGGCUUGGUGUUAGUAAUUGAUCCGGGUAGAGGCCCAGUCCGAAAUUCUGAUCCAAGAGACGAUGCGGACGAUCUAAAGUCUCCCACCAGUCAGAGAACAGCAAUGGUACCAAAGACAUUUUGCCACGAUAAAUUGCAACAAUAUCUCUGCUACCAAUGCUAUUUUCCAGUUGGUGGGAGGAUUUAGAAAGACCCCAUCGCCUUUUCGACCAACAUUUUGGACUUUCAUUGAAUUCUGAUGAUCUGCCAACAUCAUUGGUUCCCUACGAUGCUGAUAUUUUGGUAGUAAGACCUCGACGCCAUAGUCUUCAAAGAUUCCAGCCUUAUGAAAGAGCUGUGAAUUGUAAAAACAGUGGAGUAUCUACUUUACAUUGGAUCCAACAUUGGAUUACAUUGGAUAUCCAACAAUUUGCUCUAGAAGAAGUAACAGUGAAAGUUGUGGGAAACGUAGUGGUUGAGGGUAAACACGAAGAAAGACAAGAUGAGCAUGGAUUCAUCUCUAGGCAAUUUGUACGAAAAUACAUUGUGCCAGAACAAUGUGAUAUCGAUCAAUUAAAGUCAAGUUUGUCUUUUGAUGGAGUUUUAAUGAUCACUGCACCAAGAAAGCAAACUCCAGAGACAAAGAAUGAAAGAAUCAUUAAGAUUCUAACUACAGGACAACCAGCCUUGAAAGAUGAUUCAAAACCAGUUGAAGAACAGAAGGAAAUUCAGAAGAACACCAUAUCACAGAGGAAUCAAGAACAAACAGUAAAAGCUGCUUAAGACAGUUUAAUGCAAAACUAAUUGCAUUCUAAUAUAUACUCAUUUUUCUGACAGUAUUUUGUGACUUUACUUUUUACAUAAGCUUAAAAUAUUUUUGUUUGUUUUAUAUUAGACAAUAAAGAUUUGUCAAAUUUCUUAUUAUUUCCAUAAUCAUAAUUAGUGCUAAUUAGAUAAGUGCUAAGUCAAUUUUAAAAGUAUACAUCACCAAGAUACAUGUAUUCAUUUAUGUUUGUAAAAUAAAUUUUUUGUUACAUUUCCAUUUAUUAUUUAAGAUUCAUCUAUCAUAAAGUGUUCUUCAAUAAAAAUAUUAUUUUUAUAUAAUUUUGAGUUUUUAAAUUUCCCUUUUUCUUGAAUUUAAAUCAUAUUUAAGGUUUAAUUUAUAUGUAGGUAAUUUAUAGGCAUACAACAAAAAUAUAAGAUAUUCAUUUUAUUAAAGAUACAAUUAAUAUACAUCAUGUAUGUGAUAAAAAGUAUAAAUCUAAUAUAAGUAUAAAAUUAUAUACUCUUAUAUACUAUUAUAUACUAUUAUAUAAAGUUAUUUAAUAAAAAUAUAAAACUAAUUUUUUUUUCAAAAAUGGAUGGAAACAUUUAGUCUUUAAGAUUACUAUAUUCUUAAAUAUAAGAAAUAAUUCUUUUCAAAACUGGACGGAAUCUUAUUGUAUAUUAAAAUAUAUAAAUAUUUGUUCUUAUUGCAUUGUUCUUGUUGCAUCUAUAGAUUGCAUUCUUAUAGAACAGCAUUUUAUACCAUUUUCUAUGUAAAAAUAAUUACUUCUCAUGUUUAAAUGAUUAUUUACAUUAUAUACAAAAAUAUUCUACUUAAAUAUACUGUAUACAAAUGCAAAUAUACUUAAUUUUUUUCAAAAAAGAACUAAUAAAUUUAAUGCUGUAAGCAUUUAAUAUUUAAUAAAUGUUUCAUGUUGCAAACUGAAGUAUUGCAAUACUGAUAAAUAACAAUAAUACUGAUAUAGUAACAUUAUCUGCAGUGUUACAUCUAUGAUCAAAGUAGCAGAAACACCAUGUUACUUCAUCAUAAUAGUCUCUAUGAAUAUCUAA